AUGCGGUUGUCCGCGUCAGCUUUGCCCGCGCUGAUGCGGGACCUCCUCGUGCUGCAGCGCUCACGCUCGCUCCGGGGCCCCUCCACGCGCCGCUUGGUCGACUCCGCGUCCAACAAAGUCGCCACCGACCACUCCCUCCACGUCGGGCUCAAGACCCUCCUCCACCGUGCGUCAUUUUGCACAGCUACAGUGGAGCCCGGCCGCCGGAGUGCGGCCUCCACCGGCGGGCUGCUCGCCGGCAGAAGAUCGCUGCGGCCCCACCGGCGAUCGCAGCGGGCAACGUUCUCAGCUGGAGCCGCGAGCUUUCCCACCGCCUCGUUGAAGAGACCACCGAGAGUUCAAGAGCAUGGAACCAAGGUUUGUGCGGCGCGGAGAAGGGCAGACAUCCAGUCGGACACGUACGUGCUGAUGGAGCCCGGCGCGGACGAGGAGUUCGUCUCCAAGGAGGAGCUGGAGGUCCGGCUGAAGGGCUGGCUGGAGAACUGGCCGGGGGACGCGCUGCCCCCUGAUCUCGCCAAGUUCGACACGGUCGACGACGCCGUCUCGUACCUCGUCAGGUCCGUGUGCGAGCUGGAGAUCGACGGCGAGGUCGGCCCGGCCUCCGUGCAGUGGUACCAGGUUGAGCUGGAGUAGUCGUGUUACAUUACUGGUUGAGUGGUUUGGGCGCCCUAGAUGUAACAUCUCGGAAAAUCUUACGGAACUACACAAAGUUGGAUUAGAGUAUUGCGAAAUUUUGUUAAAAGUUUUCAUAAAACUACAUGUUAUUUGGAUACCUCAUACCUACCUUGAAAUGAUAAA